AUGAUGGAAUCUGUCUACUUAGAUGAUGAUCCUGGUACUGACGCAGAUUGGGAUUAUAUAGAUCCAAAUUACGGCGGUCCUGCGACUCCCUCUACUCUAAGUGACAGCCCUCCCGAGACACGAGGCGAUCCCCGGCCCCAGCAACACCAAAAUGGGGAUGGUGCUGGCGAUGAUGGGGAUGAUGAGGACCGUGAAGCCGCAACGAGGCCUAGAAGGAAGAAGGGUGGUUAUGACAGUCGCAUUGAGCAAAUCCUUUACGAAAACCCAGAGCUCCCCAUCUUGAUCGUCGAUGCGGGAAAGAGUAGCGAGAGCGGAGGAAAAUACAUUGUGUAUACCAUCCGAACUGGCGACCUUGAAGUCCGCCGACGGUAUUCCGAAUUUGCUACCCUCCGAGAUGCCCUCUCCAAGCUUCACCCUACCUUGAUUAUACCACCAAUACCGGAGAAACACUCCAUGGCUGAUUACGCUGCGAACCCCACGAAAGCCAAACAGGAUCAACAAAUUAUUGACCUGCGCAAACGGAUGUUAGCCGUCUUCCUGAACAGGUGUCGACUAAUGGACGAUGUUCGGAACGAUGGGGUUUGGUGGAGGUUCUUGGACCCAAACUCUAGCUGGAACGAGGUCUUGCAUUCGCACCCUGUCGCAUCCAUUCCAAAAUCCGUUCUUAAAGCUCCACCUCUCGACCCCGCCAACCCCUCUCCUGCUCAUGCCUUCCUACCCAUCCCCGCAUCAUCCGCGAAGCUUAAAUCUGCUUCAACAUCAGCUACGAGCCCGCCAGGCAUGGCGAACCAAGCCCCCGAACAUCACACUGGCCCAUCAGCCGCUACACAUACCGCGGCCGGUGGUCAAGUCUUGGGGAGAUUUCCGCCCGCUGCCCAGCAUUUAAGCGAACAUGAUAUUGAUCCCUACUUUAUUAAUUUUGAGGCGUCGACUAAGGAGCUUGAAUUACUUCUUACAGGGCCGAUUGAAAAGGUGAACCGCCGAACAUUAACACACCUAUCGACUUUAUCUACAGAUCUUGCCGAGCUCGGUGCCAGGCUUAACGGAUUUUCUCUUUCAGAACCAUCGCCAUCACUAGCAGCAGCUAUUGAACGGGUGGGUCAAGCUGUGGAUUCGUCUUAUCUUGCAACAGAAGAGCUCUCAGGAUCAUUAGGGGCCAGUUUUGCUGAGCCAAUGCGAGAGAGUGCUCAAUUUGCCGGUGUUCUUCGCGGCGUCCUUCGCUAUCGGGUGUUGAAACGGGUACAGCAGGAGAUGACGAAUGAUGAGCUUGCAAGAAAGAGGGCCCUUCUAGAGUCUUUAGAACGAAGCGAAUCCGAAGCCAACAGAAUCGAGCAAUAUUUGAGUCAUAGCGGCACAGGUAAUCUGCCUCGACGCUCAAAUUCUUCUGCUCGAGAUUCUGCCCCAUCCAGGAGAGAUAACAGCCAGGAGGAUACGGCUUCUAUUGAUUCCGACUUCCCGCCUACUCACGGCGACUCGUCAAACACUCCCUCCGCGGCCCAAGGCGCCCCACAUUCAGAAGGCCAAGAGGCAGCGCAUCGCAAGAGUUCCAGUGGGAACUUCAUAACCAACAAAAUCUUUGGGCGGAUUAGUCAUGCCGUCCAUGGAGUCGUUGACGUGGAUCCUGAACGAACCCGACGAGAUCUUAUCGGUAAGACCAGGGAAUCGAUCGGGCAGCUAGAACAGGCCCAGAUGGCCUCGGAACAAGACGUCCGGGAUGCUAGUACCGGUAUCUUGAAAGACUUGAAGCGAUUCCAAGCGGAAAAAGAAGAUGAUCUAAAACGGUAUAUGCUUGCCUAUGCCCGAAGUCAAAUCGAGUGGGCCAAGAAGAACAAGGAGACUUGGGAGGAGGCCACAGCGGAGAUCAACAAGAUAGAUGAGGGUUGA